UUUCAUGUUCACAUUAAAAAAUCUCAAAUUAUUGGUUCGCUUUAUCUGAAUUGGAUGUCGCCUGCUUUUCCUUCUCAAAUUACUAAACCAGAUCUCAGAGCUAAAAUCAUUUUCGUUGGCAGAAGUGGUGUCGGAAAAACGAGCAUCAUUCUUCGACAUGAUGGUCAAGGAUUCUAUAGUAAAGUCAGCCCGACACUAGGAGCUAGCUUCAUUUCUUCGUUUUUAGUCCUGGAUGGUAAAAGCGUCGAAUUGCAGAUAUGGGAUACAGCGGGGCAGGAACGAUAUGCUUCCAUGCUUCCAAUGUAUCUACGUAAUGCAGUUGCAGCAGUAAUCGUGUACGACAUAACUGAUCGUGAAUCAUUUCAGGAGAUCAAGAAGUGGGUUAAUGAAGUGAAGCGUGGUUCGACGGUUCCUGUUUCGUUAUUUGUUGUUGGCAAUAAGUUAGAUCUAGAAAAUGCUCGAGCGGUGCAAUGUCAUGAAGGAGCACAAUAUGCCGAACAAAUUGGUGCUGCUUUUCACGAAACUUCGGCAAUGAAUGGUGAAGGAGCUGACCAUGCCGACUUGAAUUUUUAUAUAUAA